CCCGCAACAGCAACGGCAGGACAAGGACGACUUGCAGGCGUGCGUGUGCCAUGAACGCAAGCCAAAAUUUCACACUGGUGACUUAAUCUUGGCUAAAAUCCCCCCGUUACGCAAGAGGAAGGGAAAAGAAAAGGCAAACAUGAACCUGUCCAAGUUUGGCGGUCCUUUCCCGGAGCCGUGGAACUGCACCGGGGCGCAGGAAGAAGAUGCGAAACUUCUCUUCGGGAUUGGCACGGACAACUUCAUUACGCUGCUGGUGUUCGGCCUCAUCUUCACAUUGGGCGUGCUGGGGAACUCCGUGGUCAUCACCGUGCUGGCCCGGAGCAAACCCGGUAAGCCCCGCAGUACCACCAACAUCUUCAUCCUCAACCUCAGCAUAGCAGACCUCUCCUACCUGCUGUUUUGCGUCCCCUUCCAGUCCACAGUCUACAUGAUGCCGACAUGGAUAUUGGGCGCCUUCAUCUGCAAAUUCAUCCACUACUUUUUCACCGUGUCCAUGCUGGUGAGCAUCUUCACCCUCUCCGCCAUGUCCGUGGACCGGUAUAUUGCCAUCGUGCAUUCCAGAAAGUCCUCCUCCAUCCGCGUAGCGAGGCACGCUCUCAUCGGCGUGGUGGUCAUCUGGAUGCUGUCCCUGGCGAUGGCAGCACCCGUCAUGUACUACCAGAACUUGUUUCAGAGUGGGGAGAAUCUCACUUUUUGUUGGGAAGUUUGGCCCGAUCAAAACCAGAAGAAGAUCUAUGUCGUGUGCACGUUCGUUUUUGGUUACGUGUUCCCCCUUUUGCUGAUUUCGUUCUGUUACGCAAAGGUUUUAAAUCACUUGCACAAAAAACUAAGAAACAUAUCAAAAAAGUCAGAAGCAUCGAAAAAGAAGACUGCUCAGACAGUGUUGGUAGUGGUGGUAGUGUUCUGCCUGUCUUGGCUGCCUGAUCAUGUCGUCCAUCUUUGGGCUGAAUUUGGGACCUUCCCACUGACCCAGGCCUCCUUUGUGUUGCGGGUGGCUGCCCACUGCCUGGCUUACAGCAACUCCUCCGUCAAUCCAGUCAUCUACGCCUUCUUGUCAGAGAACUUCAGGAAGGCCUACAAGCAAGUGUUCAAGUGCCAAAUCAGAGCAGCCUUGCCGCUCAAUGAUGUCAAGGAGAUCCGCAGCAAGGCGGACAUGCCACCUUCUACUAACUGCAUCAAUGUCUGACUGACAAGGUAUGGACAGGAGAUGUUACAGUGACUAAUAAAUUAUGACAAGGUGUUGUGUUUCUGAUGGUUAUUAGCUAGAAUAUUUAUAGACUAUACAACAGCGUACAAAACUGACAAUUGAGACAGUCUGUACAAACAGGUGAUUAAUGAAAUAACAAAAUUAGUGGGAAAAACUGGCCUAUGAGCUACAGAUGAACCAGUCCAGAUACACUCUUUUGUACUGUUGCUGAACCUGGGGGACUGUUUCACGAAGGGUGUUCAAACCUGUCAGGUUAUCCUGCUGUAGCUAGCUACACAAAAGCUAGCACUGGUAGUCACAGUAACCUGUCUCAUGAUGGGGGUUAUUAUCUUACUCUGCCAACCUUGACUUUCUUAAUCUAGCUAUCAGCACAUUUCCCACUGGAAAUUAGAACUGAUGAAGCUAUCUGGUUGAACAUUAUAGCAGCUCCACAGCAACAAAUCCAGAUAAGUGUUUUGUAUUUCAUGUGAUAAUAAAGGCACAAUCUGUAAUCUAAAUAUAAACCAAAGGGUAAUUGAAAACACAGGACUGGAAACUUUUUACAACACAAAUUGAUUGACACAUUUCUGGACUAAUGCUAGACAACAAUUAAUCUGGGUUUCUAAUGUUUUCCAAUGCUGUAAAAGGUUUGCUCACAUCAGUAAUGUUUGUAACCACUGGAGUAAAACAGGCUGUUAUUUUCAAUUAUGAUUGGUUGAGAAUGAGACACAUUUUUUAUUUUCAUCUAUUACUUCAAAUCUUCCAUUAUAUAUGCAAACAUACCUCAGAUGUAUAUGGUCAAAAAUUACAAUUUGGGCAUGUAAUAUUAACAUUUAACAGCUUAAAUGAAACUUAAACAUUAGUUAGAAGCUCAAUGAAAGAAGCUCAUUGAAAAGAUUAAGGACAAGAACAAAAGAGAAAGCUUUCUCUUUUGUUAUUGUCCUUAAUCUUUUCAUGGAAAAUAGAAUAUUUUGUUUAAACAGCUAGAUGUUUAAACAAAAGAUUGUAUUUUCCAUCAGCUUUUUAAAGGAUAAGAGCUUCCUUUCUUUUCAGCUAUAUCCUUAUCCCUUUCUAAAGACCAUGAACAGGAGGAGAACAGUAUGAAAGUCAGAUCUAGAAAUCAGAAUCGGAAACCUUUUUUCAGUCAAGUUUGCACAAUAAGUCAAAAUACACUUUGGUGGGAGGCUCAUCUGGAACACAUGGAAACUUCUCAACCAUACAAGAGAAACUAUAAUUAUAACUAUAACUAUAAUUUAAGAGGGUUGUGUGUUUUUGAAACAUGCUAAGUGAGAACCAAUGUAAAAUACAGAUGUGUUUCAGUUUUAGGAGUCAAGCUAUGGAAUGGUCUUAAUGAGUUGAAAUUGUGUCGCUCGCUGUUGAGUUUCAGAAAAUCUUUAAAAAGUGAAAUAAUUAAGGAUUACAACUUAGUAUAUAUUUUUUUUCUUCCUUUUGUAACUCUGAUAUUCUAUAUCAACUUAAGAACUGUAUAGGAUAGGCAACAAUAAGCCUUGAUCUUCAACCUAUUCCUUUUUUGGUCAUUGAUUGAUUGAGUUUUGUUGUGUGAGAUGGACUGACGUAAAUAUGUACGAUGAUAUUUUUCUUUUUUUCUGUCUGUCACAUAUGAACACAAAUAUAU